UUUCUCUGACAAAGACUCAGUUUCUUCCGCGGCUUUAUAUUCUCACAUCGCCAACGCGUUAUCAUUAUUUCUUUCUUUAUUUAAUAUUUCUCGUUCCAAUCCAUCCAUCCUUCACCUUCCUCGUACUUUCUCCCAUCCUUUCACUCCUUCGUUUUUCUUUCUUGCGUUUUUUAUGGCUCUGUUGUGGCUCUUACGCUUGUAGAUUGGUUUUGUUUUUUGUUUUUGGCUGUCUCAGUGAAGAAUAAUUUUUCUUUUAUGGUUUGGAUCUGUUAUUGAAUGUGGGGUCUUGUGUUUUGACAAGGUGGAAUUUGUUUUGGUUGAUUGAUGUUAGUUGGGUUCUGGUUUUGAUGAGUUGAGAAGGAAAAUGGGAUCUGCAAAUGAGUUUUUUUCUAAUGGAGAGUUUAAUUUAGACCCCAAGUGGUUGGUUGAUGCUAAGCAGCUUUUUGUUGGCCCGAAGAUUGGAGAGGGAGCUCAUGCUAAAGUUUAUGAGGGAAAAUAUAAGAAUCAGAAUGUUGCUAUUAAAAUCGUUAAUAAAGGAGAAACCCCUGAAGAAAUUGCCAAGAGAGAAGCUAGGUUUGCAAGAGAGGUUGCAAUGUUGUCCAGAGUACAACAUAGGAAUUUAGUGAAGUUUAUCGGUGCUUGCAAGGAGCCUGUUAUGGUUAUAGUAACCGAGCUCCUACUGGGUGGAACAAUGCGUAGAUAUUUGCUUAACCUGCGGCCAAGGUGCUUAGACAUGUUUGUGGCGAUUAGCUUUGCCCUUGAUAUUGCUCGUGCAAUGGAAUGCUUACACUCUCAUGGAAUCAUUCACCGUGACCUGAAACCUGAAAACUUGAUCUUAACAGCAGACCACAAAACAGUAAAACUUGCGGAUUUUGGUUUAGCCAGAGAAGAGUCAUUAACAGAGAUGAUGACUGCUGAAACGGGGACGUAUCGGUGGAUGGCUCCAGAGCUAUACAGCACAGUCACAUUAAGGCGUGGCGAGAAAAAGCACUACAAUCACAAAGUGGACACAUACAGCUUUGGGAUUGUGUUGUGGGAGCUUAUCCAUAAUAAGUUACCAUUUGAAGGCAUGUCAAAUCUACAGGCUGCAUAUGCAGCUGCUUUUAAGAAUGUGAGGCCCAGUGCUGAGGAUCUUCCUGAAGAUUUAGCUUUGAUCGUGACUUCUUGCUGGAAAGAGGAUCCAAACGCACGACCUAACUUCAGCCAAAUAAUCCAGAUGCUCCUUAACUAUCUCUCUACAAAUUCACCAUCAGAGCCUGUCGUUCCUCAUCGGACAUUUUCUUCUGAGAACAGAGUCUUACCACCAGAAUCUCCUGGCACAAGCUCUUUAAUGCCUGUAAGAGUUGACUCAGAUUCAGCCCCAAAUGCCAGAAACGAAGACAAUUCAAGAGGUUUCUUCUUCUGCUUUAACAAAUGUUACUGAUCCUUCCAAUGGCACAAUUUUGCCGUUGGAUGUACCCCAUGGUAUAUUAGGAACAAGAUCAAUAAACUAAAAGAAUACAUCAAGAUCACACAAGAAAAAAAAAAACAGAUGUCAAAUCUUUAGAGAGCAUCUACUUCAGUGGCCAUAGGAGCUCUGUAGCAUCUGAUGUCUCUAUUAACUUGGUUUUAUGGGUGAUAUUACAAUGCUCUGUGUAACCCAGAUCCUCCACCAGGAACUUGGGAGUUGAGGAGGUUGCUGUGCUGUACAUAUUAUCAUUGUAAAAUAAGUUCAUCCAAAGGCUUCUACUCCUGUUUUAACUUUUAUCCUAAGAGAAUGUGUAGUCCAACCACUAAUUGCUUUGAGCUUGUCGCUUAGUAAUGCUAUUUUAAUAUAAAAAAGGCACAUUUUCCUUGUUUUAA